AUGCUGGGGCUGGGGGCUGGCUGCGGGCUGGCUCCAGAGAAGGCUGCCUUUCUCAAGGAGAGCUCAGGAAGCCCGCUAGAAUGGACAGCCCAGGAGGGAAUCCAAGAUGGGGAUAGCAGGAAGGUGCCAGCCCGACAGGGCAUAGUCUGGAGGAAUGUCAUCCUGAUGACCCUGCUCCACUUUGGGGCCCUGUAUUCUCUCACCCUCAUUCCUAAGGCCCAGCUGCUCACUCUGCUCUGGGCAUACCUCUGUUUCCUCCUGACAGCUCUGGGGGUGACGGCCGGUGCGCAUCGUUUGUGGAGCCACAGAUCCUACAAAGCCAAGCUGCCUUUAAGGAUUUUCUUGGCUGCCGCCAACUCCAUGGCUUUCCAGAAUGACAUCUUUGAGUGGUCGCGGGACCAUCGAGUGCAUCACAAAUACUCAGAAACGGAUGCUGACCCCCACAAUGCACAGCGGGGCUUUUUCUUUUCCCAUAUUGGAUGGUUAUUUGUUCGGAAACACCGAGAUGUCAUCGAGAAAGGGAGGAAGCUAGAUCUCACCGACCUCCUGGCUGACCCAGUUGUCCGACUUCAAAGAAAGUACUAUAAGACCACUGUGUUGCUCAUGUGCUUUGCUGUACCCACAUUGGUGCCCUGGUAUGCCUGGGGAGAGAGUCUAUGGAACUCCUAUUUCCUGGCCUUCAUCCUCCGUUACACCAUCUCCCUCAAUGUUACCUGGUUGGUCAACAGUGCUGCCCAUAUGUAUGGUAACCGGCCCUAUGACAAGCACAUCAGCCCCCGGGAGAACCCAUUUGUCACUUUGGGUGCAAUUGGUGAAGGCUUCCAUAAUUACCACCACACCUUCCCAUUCGAUUAUUCUGCCAGUGAAUUUGGCUUAAAAUUCAACCCGACCACAUGGUUCAUUGACUUCAUGUCCUGGUUAGGGCUGGCCACUGAUCUUAAACGGGUUCCCAAGCAGAUGAUCCAAUCCCGUAAAGAGAGGACUGGGGAUGGCAGUGCUUGACUAUUUGACCUUUUAUCCAAAAUUUAUGCUGUUUACUUAUUGGUUUUUUUGCUUUGAGCAAUGCAGUCUUGAUGUUCAUUUUGUUGGGGGUGGGGGGAAUCUGUUGUGGUUUUGUUUUGGGGUGAUUUGUUUUAAGAAUCAGCUUGUCUAAUGUCUCAAAUCAAACUCCUAAUUGAAAUGUAAGAGGAAAAGUCAGCAUAGAUGUUAUUUAAUGUUAGUGUUCCAAGAUGUAGGAUAUGGAAUAGUCUUUAUAGUUACAUGUCAAAUGUACAGUCACAAACUUAUACGUGGUCUUGACCCUGACUGGAUGAAGGAAUUAAAUAGUCUUUCUAAGUUAUGGCUUGAAAUUUUUUUUAGUAACUAAUCAAACAUGGCUUUUGAGAUAUACUACAUGAAGAAUCCAGUAGACGGAGUGAGAAAACAAACAAAAGAGGGAAAUUUAAGUAUGCUUCUUAAGAAAGUGUAUUCAAGGGCUGGGAUUGUUUUGUUUUCUUCUAGGAAAGAGAAAAGUUGACUUAAAAUAAUAUAGAAGAGAAAAAGGGAAAUGCCUCUCUUAUUUUUUACCUUGUUACUAAGCUUACUGAUACUUCAGUUUUUUUGCUAAUUUUGUUUUCUGCUCUGCAAACUUUGUGUUUAAAGUUAUACACCCAGCUGGUCCUGUAAAUUGUGGCUUGCUUAAAUACUUCAUCUCUUCUCAUAGUGUUACGGUCUGGACCUGUGAUUCAUCUCUCCUCGUAGGGUUAUGGUCUGGACCUAUGAUUUUAUUUGUAUGGGAACUUCCCAGAUGAGGAAACUCCCUCUACUGAUGUAGCUUGACUCCUUCUCUGCAAUUUGCAGUCUUAGAGAGUUACCCAGAGCACUCAGAGAAUAAGUGACUCACCCAGAGUCACGCAGCCAGGAUGGGACAAAGGUAGGACUUUAACCCAGGUCUUCCUAGCUUCGAGGCUAGCAUUCUCUCCACUACUCCAGCCUGCCUUUUGUCUAUCUUCAUAGCCAGUGUCAUUUGUAAAGGAGUCUAGUGCAAAUAUGCCUGGUGCCAAACAAAGCUCUCAUUUACAAGUUGACAGAGCUGGUUUCUAGUGUCAUCAAUCACUGUCACUGGUGCAUGGGUAUUUCAGCUACUCUCUCAAAUAAGUCCAUUAAUUUUCCACAUCAGGCAGUCAGAUCAUAAUUAACUGGCGUUUAUCUAGAAUUCAGUGUCUACUAACAUUUAAGUGCAUGCAGCAUUCAUUAAGUUAGCAUCAAAAUAGAAAAUGAUGAUUACACAAUGAGCUUCUAAAUUUUUUUUAAUGUGUGUCAAGUUGCCUGGUAGGGAGCAUGUUGAAUUAAUGGAGCAUAGUGCCCGUGGCGUUCCGUGUUAGUCAGCACAAGAGAAAAGCGUUACAUUGUUGGCAUUUGGAGCACUUUGAAGACAACUAAUUUUAGGAAAGAUGUAGGAUUUUAAAUUGAAAAUUUUUUAAAGAAAUGAUUCCAAUAUGAAAUUGUCCUCAUAAUGUACCUGAUACAGAGGGUAUU